AAAUAUGUGGCUGUGUAGCGACACUCCUCCUCCAUCCACCAUUCCUUUAUCCACUUUCACCCCCUUUUUACAUCUUCUCUCUUCUUCAUAAUCAUUUCCAAUCUGCUCCAUCCUCCUCCAAUGGCUGCUUUUACUCUCUCUCCUGCUACUUCAUCUCAGUUGCGAUCUGGCACCAAUGGAUUGUUCUCGCCGGCCCAAGGGCUAAUCGCGAAAUCUGCGAAAAGCCAAUCGGCGGGAAGGGAAAGAGGGAUGAAGGUGACGUGUCAGGCGGCGAGUAUCCCCGCCGAUCGAGUUCCAGAUAUGGAGAAGAGGAAGCUGAUGAACUUGUUGCUUCUCGGCGCUAUUGGUCUUCCAUCCACCGGAAUGUUGCUUCCCUACACCUACUUCUUCGUUCCACCUGGUUCGGGAGGUAGUGGUGGUGGUACUGCUGCUAAAGAUGCCCUUGGAAACGACAUCGUUGUAGCAGAAUGGCUAAAAACCCAUGGACCCGGUGACCGAACCCUAUCUCAAGGUCUAAAGGGAGACCCGACGUACCUUGUGGUGGAGAAUGAUAGAACCCUAGCCACAUACGGAAUCAACGCGGUGUGCACACAUCUCGGGUGUGUCGUGCCAUGGAACAAAGCAGAGAACAAGUUCAUGUGCCCGUGCCAUGGUUCCCAAUACAAUAACCAAGGCAAAGUUGUUAGGGGUCCGGCUCCUUUGUCAUUGGCACUUGCUCAUGCGGAUGUUGAUGAUGGGAAAGUGAUAUUUGUUCCAUGGACCGAGACAGAUUUCAGAACCGGUGAGGCUCCAUGGUGGUCAUAAGCGUCUCAAUGCCUCCCUUUUGAGAUUCUUGGUUUGUUUUGAUUCGAGAAUUAAAAUAUGUACACACAACUUAAGGUUUUAAAUAUUGUACCCAAAAAGUUUAUAAAUUUGUAAAAUGGUUAUUAAUAAUUAUUUUAAGUGUCUUAUAAGUUGCUCAA